UGGGGGCAGAGCGUCGUUCCCAUUGAAGAAGAGAGGGAGGGGUCGUGCAGCGCCACGCGCAGCUCCACGGCAGAGCUCCAGUGUGGUGGGAAGGAGCGGGAUAUCGGUCCGCUGAGCGCACAGGUGCCCACAUUUCUCGCUCAGAACUGACUGAGGUCCGCAGAGUACGCGCUCAGUUUUCCCAGUAGCACCCACCUUUCCCAGUCGGAGGCAGGCUCCCAUUUACACAUCCCAGGGCCAUGGCGGACGACACGGACAUGCGCAACGAGCUGGCGGACAUGCAGCAGCGUGCCGAUCAGCUGGCUGAUGAGUCACUUGAGAGCACUCGUCGCAUGCUGCAACUAGUUGAAGAGAGUAAAGAUGCAGGCAUCAAAACGCUGGUUAUGCUGGAUGAGCAAGGAGAGCAACUGGAGCGCAUCGAGGAAGGGAUGGACCAGAUCAAUAAGGACAUGAAGGAGGCAGAAAAGAACUUGACGGAUCUAGGAAAAUUCUGUGGUCUUUGUACAUGUCCGUGUAACAAACUGAAAGGGGGCGGGGGCAAGGCUUGGGGCAACAACCAAGAUGGUGUGGUGCAGAGCCAGCCUGCCCGUGUGGUGGAUGAGAGUGAGCAGAUGAACAUCAGUGGAGGCUUCAUCCGCAGGGUAACAAAUGAUGCCCGAGAAAAUGAAAUGGAUGAGAACUUGGAGCAGGUGGGUGGCAUCAUCGGAAACCUGCGCCACAUGGCCCUGGAUAUGGGCAACGAGAUUGAUAUCCAGAACCGCCAGAUCGACCGGAUCAUGGAGAAGGCUGACUCCAACAAAACCAGGAUCGAUGAGGCCAACCAGCGGGCCACAAAGAUGCUGGGAAGUGGCUAAGCACCUGCCAAAAGUGCUUUUAAAACCUUCCAUUCCCGCCCCUACCCAAUCCCCCCUCCCCCUCCCCCUCCCCUCGCCCUCCGUGCUGUUCCUGGAACAGCACAAAACAGGCUUUUAUCAUGGUAUUUACCUACUAGGUUUGCACACAUGCUCAUAUUGUCCCCACAUUGUCCAAAUUGUUCUGUGUUGUCUGUCGGCUUUUUAAAAGAUAGUCUUAAAUGGUUUCCGUAAACGGGUUUCUUUUACUCUGUAUCUUCUAUAUCUAAGGUUGUAAAUACUGUAUUUGUUGAUUUGAUGGUUAUAGCUCACUUGUGAAGUUCUCGUUCUCUAUUUUUUUUAAACUAUAUAUUAUAUAUAUAUAUAAAAUCAUAUAUAUAUAAAUAUAUUGUUACUGAAUGACAACUAUUGUAGGAAUGCUACACAAAAUGUUUUUCCUUUUCAGUAUUUCAGUAUUGUCCGAGUAAAAACGUGUCGUUCCAUUUCGCUACUGCCGUGGUCCUUAUCUCGAUGUCGUGAUGACGAGUGAAGAGGAGGAAGAGAAAAAGCACGAAAAACGACAGGAGGGCGCUCACCAUUGUUGUCCUUGGCCUCCUUCUCUCGUUUGCUGCCAUAACUUCAUGUUUAGACUAAACUUUCACAGCUAAACAACAUGAGAUAUAGACGUUGCACUUCAAGUGGUGUGAUUUGUGCAUAAUGCAUGAUGAGUAAUCUAUUGUCAAAAAACACGUAGGGGAAAAAAAUGGAGAAACAUCUAACAUGGCAGUGGCAGACUGACGGACGCAUGCUCAGUGUUAGGACAAAGCUGAGAGUACCACAAUACUGCACGUUUGCAAUAGUGCCACUAUUUCAGUCAACAUUUAUGACCUGGGACCAAUCAUUGUACAGAUAUGCAGUGAUAUGAAAAGACAGUACGGCUGUAGCACAAAAUGGACCUGUUUUCUAAACAAACAUGCAGUCGAUGAUUGAUUAUAUAUUGAGUAAAUGUUGAAGGGUGAAGGCUGGUUGUGUAUUGUAUUGUAUUAUAGGGUGUGGAUGCUCUUUGAGAUGAAGAAGACUGCAUACUUCUGUGCAUAUUUCUGAAAGACCUUACUUUUUUAGUGUAUCUUGUUAGUUUGCUCCCCUUUUGUGGUUUGUUACUGGUAAGAAAAUGACCAAGAACUUUUAAAGAAAUGUUUUUUGUUGCCUAGAGCUAUGCACACCAAAUCACUAAGAUGUUGAGUAUAUCAAAUAACAAUAACUAAAAAAAACCUUACUAGAAUGAAACAUUAAAAUGUUACAUUGAAACUGUGAGAUACAAGUCGUCAAUGCAUGUAAUACUGAAACUCCUUAUUGUUUCCUGUUGGUUCUGUGAAGUGAUUUUGUAGGUAGUUGAUAGCGGAAAUGAUUAAAUGUUAAUAAACCUU